CUUCCGGCGGAAGGCGGAAGUGAAGCGGCCGCGGGCGGCGAUGGCGGCGGGGCCGGGCCGGGCUUCCCCGGGAACGGGCGGGGAUUCCCCGGGGGUGCCCUGGAAUCCCACGGGAACGGCCCGGAGUCCGCUGGGGAUGCUCCGCGCGCUGCUCCUGGCCGCGCUGGCGGCGGGCUGCUGCCGGGGGAACUCGGUGCACAGGAAGAUUUACAUCGCCCUGAACCACACGGCGCCCUGCGUGCGCCUGCUCAACGCCACGCACCAGAUCGGCUGCCAGUCCUCGCUGAGCGGGGACACGGGCGUGAUCCACGUGGUGGAGAAGGAGCAGGACCUGGAGUGGGCCCUGUCCAAGGGCCCCAACCCGCCCUACAUGGUCCUGCUGGACGGGAGCCUCUUCUCCAGGGAGAUUUUGAUGCAGCUGAAGGGAAACUCCCGGAUUUCGGGCCUGGCCGUGGCCGCUGCCUCUCCCGCCCCUCCGCAGGGAUUUUCCCCGGGGUUGAAGUGUCCCAACGAUGGAUUUGGCGUUUACUCCGACUCCUACGGGCCGCAGUUCGCGCACUGCAACGGCUCCGAGUGGAACCCGGGCGGCUCGGGGCUCUGCUACGAGGAUUUCCCCUUCCCCAUCUUCCUGCUGCAGGACGCCAACGAGACCCGGCUCAUCAAAGAGUGCUUCCGAGCCCACAACGUGCCCGAGGCGCCGGGCGCGGCGCCGCGCUUCCCGCUGUGCGCCAUGCAGCUGCUGGCACACAUGCACGCCGCCGCCAGCACCGUCACCUGCAUGCGCCGCAGCUCGCUGCAGAGCGCCUUCAGCAUCAACCCAGAGAUCGUGUGUGACCCCCUGCUGGAUUACAACGUCUGGAGCUCGCUGCAGCCCAUCAACGCCUCGGGGCGGCUGCAGCCCGGCCAGGAGGUGAUCCUGGCGGCCACGAGGGUGGACAGCCACUCGUUUUUCUGGAACGUGGCCCCGGGCGCCGAGGCGGCCGUCGGCUCCUUCGUGGCGCUGCUGGCGGCUGCGCAGGCCCUGCAGGCGGCCCCGGGCUCCCAGAGCCUCCCCAGGAACGUGCUCUUCGUCUUCUUCCAGGGGGAGGCCUUUGAUUACAUCGGCAGCUCCCGCCUGGUGUUCGACAUGGAGCAGGACAAGUUCCCGCUGCGCCUGGAAAACAUCGGCGCCUUCCUGGAGCUGGGACAGGUGUCCCUGCGGAACGACUCCGUGCUCUGGAUGCACACGGAUCCCGUCUCCCGCCGGAACCAGUCCGUGGAUUCCCAGGUGCGGAUUCUCCUGGAGAAGCUCCACAACUUCAGCUCCAGCUCCAACGUUUCCCUGCGGGAGCCGGGCGUGUCCCAGCCCCUCCCCCCCUCGUCAUUCCAGAGGUUCCUGAGAUCCCGGAGCAUCCCGGGGGUGGUGCUGAGCGACCACCGCGGCGCCUUCCGCAACAGGUACUUCCAGAGCAUCUACGACACGGCCGAGAGCAUCGGGAUGCGCUAUCCCGAGGGGCUGAGCCCCGAGGAGCGGCUGGAGUUCGUCACCGACACCGCCCAGGCCCUGGCCGAGGUGGCCACGCUGCUGGCCCGGGCGCUGUUCUCCCUGGCCGGGGGAGCCGCCGGCGCCGAGAGCAUCCGGGCGGAUCCCAGAACGGUCACUCGGCUGCUCUACGGGUUCCUGCUCAACUCCAACAACUCCUGGUUCCAGUCGCUGAUCAAACCCGACCAGAAGGGAAUCCUGGGCCCGUUCCCGCAGCACUACGUGGCCGUCUCCAGCCCCACCAACACCACGCAGCUGCUGCAGGCCGUGCUGGGCAACCUGACCGGGAGCCGCGUCAGCCUGAGCCGCGAGCAGUGCCAGAGCCCCGGCAAGGAGCCCGGAACGCUGCCCGAGCUCUACGAGUACUGGUGGGUGCAGGGCUCCCCGGCUCCCAACUCCUCGGCGCGCGUCCCCGGCUGCGUGCGCUCCGGCGUCCGUCUGUCCCCCGCGCUGUCCCCCGCCUUCGAGCUGCGCCGCUGGGAUUCCCGGGAAUUCUCCACCUGGACCGAGAGCCGCUGGAAGGACAUCCGGGCGCGCAUCUUCCUGGUGGCCAGCAGGGAGCUGGAGCUGCUGACGCUGGCGCUGGGGGUGCUGGUGCUGCUCGUGUCCCUGCUCCUCACCUUCCUGGUCAGCUCCAAGGCCUCGCUGCUCUUCGGGGCCGCGCCCGGCGCCUCGGGAUACUGAGAUCCCGGGAGAGCUCCCGGAGAAACCCCGGGAAUGCCGGCAGGGAAUCGCCCCGGAGCCGGGAACGCAGGGGGGCGCUCCCGGGAAACCCCAGAAUUCCGGGUGGGAUCGGUGCCCUGGGGGGAAUUCCCCGAAUUUCAGGUGGGAUCGGUGCCCUGGGGGGGGAAAUUCCUGGAAUUCCAAGUGGGAUCCGCUAUCCAGGGGGGAGAAUUCCCGGAAUUCCAGGUGGGAUUGAUGCCCUGGGUGGGAAAUUCCCGGAAUUCCCAAAUUUCCAGGUGGGAUUGGUGCGCUGAGUGAAAAAUUCCCAGAAUUUUGGGUGGGAUCGGUGCCCUGGGGGGGAAAAUUCCCGGAAUUUCAGGUGAGAUUGAUGCCCUGUGAGGGGAAAAAUUCCCCAAAUUCCCGUUUGGAUCUGAUGCCCUGAGUGGAAAAUUCCCAGAAUUCCCGCUUGGAUCCCGGGAGCUUUUCCCAAAAUCCCGCUGGAGGAAGGAUAAAGGGGGAUUUUUGGGAAUUGUGAGAAAUUCGAGGGGGAUCUGGGAAUGUCCCGAUGGGAAAAUUCCCUUUUUUCCCUGGGAUUUGUAAAUAUUGGAAAUAAAUCAAUGGAAUUCCCAA